AUGGACUGGGAUGCCGGGCAUGUGACUGCUGUUGGCACGGAGAGCGCACAAGCAUCAAAUGCACGUCAAAGCGCAAGUCCAGCAGCUUUGCAACAUCGUUUGCGAGCUUUCCUACGUGGAUUCCGCAUAGGUCCCUUAUUUUACUAUCGUGAGCAGCUUCUGGCCAACGCCAGACGCAAUCAUUGGUUCGUGAACGUCAAUCUCUCACACGUCGCAGCAUAUGACCAAGAGUUACAAGAUCUGUUGCUUAAUAGUCCAAAAGAAAAGCUCUCUCUUCUCGAGAAUGCAGCUAAAGAGACGUUGACCCAAUUACUCGUGACCAGUCAGGAGUCAGGCGCGCCUGACUCGGCAAUUUAUGAAUCUUUUUCCAAUCUCCCCGACAUUCAAGCAAUUUUAAGUAGUGACCAAGCACCAGUGGCAAUUCGUCACGUCCACUCGCAAGAAAUUAAUCGACUCAUUAAAGUGCCAGGUAUUGUCAUUAGCGCCACUCGCGUUCGAACCAAAUGCGUGUCGGCCACAUUAAAGUGUCGUAAUUGUGGUCAUUCGAAGCGUGUUGCUACUGCUGGUAUGGGAGGUGUCAAUAUUCCUCGCAUGUGUGACCGUAGUAGAGAGGAAGAGAAUGCUUUAACACCAGGUGAUGUAUGUCCAAAAGACUCGUACAUAGUUUUGCCUGAUCAAGGUCAAUACGUGGAUCAGCAGACGCUUAAAUUACAAGAAAAUCCAGAGGUGGUGCCAACUGGCGAAAUGCCCAGAAAUUUAGCGCUCAUUGCUGAUCGUCACUUGGUGGAUCGAGCAUCUCCGGGAACACGCGUGUCAGUAAUUGGUAUCACGUCGGUUGUAAACGCAGGAAGUAAAAACAUCGGAGCUGUUGCCAUUCGUACGCUUUAUUUACGUGUAGUGGGCAUCGAAAUUGAUGAAGAAGGCGCUGGUCGAGCAAAAGCAACAUUCUCACCUGCUGAAGAGGAAAAAUUUCAUGAAAUGGCAAGAGAUCCAAAUUUGUAUGAGAAACUGGCUGCCAGUAUUGCUCCGUCUAUUUAUGGUGACUACACGGUAAACAUGAAAAAAGCGAUUGCGUGUUUACUUGUAGGCGGAUCUCGCAAACGGUUGCCUGAUGGCAUGAUUUUGCGUGGCGAUAUUAAUGUAUUACUUUUGGGAGAUCCAAGCACGGCUAAAUCCCAAUUUCUGAAAUUUACUGAAAAAAUUGCCCCGGUUGGUGUGUAUACAUCAGGUAAAGGCAGCAGUGCAGCUGGAUUAACUGCUUCUGUGAUUCGUGAUUCUAAGGGAGAGUUUUACCUUGAGGGGGGUGCCAUGGUUCUUGCCGAUGGUGGUGUUGUGUGCAUUGAUGAAUUUGAUAAAAUGAGAGAGUCCGAUCGUGUAGCAAUUCAUGAAGCAAUGGAGCAACAAACAAUUUCUAUUGCAAAAGCUGGUAUCACAACUAUUUUAAACUCGCGUGCAAGUGUUUUGGCUGCGGCCAACCCCGUGUUUGGUCGAUAUGAUGAUAUGCGGUCGGCUUCUGAGAAUAUUGAUCUUAUGAGCACGAUUCUCAGUCGAUUCGACAUGAUAUUUAUAGUUCGAGAUAUACAAGACGAUGCUAGAGAUCGACGAAUGGCUGCACACGUGGUGCGAAUGCACACAAACGCAGUCGCACCCGUCGUUGAAAACACUCAUGCCAGCGAAAAUUACUCAAGCGGUGGCGAAUUUGAACCUUGGUUGCUUAAGAAAUUCAUCACGUAUUGUCGAACUCGAUGUGCUCCACAGUUGUCAGCUGAAGCAGCUCAAUCACUUCAAGACUAUUACGUGGGUGUACGAGACGACGUGCGGCGUACUCAAGGCGUUGAGACGACAAUUCCUGUCACAGUGCGUCAACUUGAAGCUCUUGUGCGAAUCGCAGAGUCGUUGGCAAAAAUGCACCUUCAAAACGAAGCCACACGCGAGCACGUUCGAGAAGCAAUUCGCCUAUUUAGCGUGAGUACAAUGAAUGCAGCAAAAGACGGUGGUACCCAAGGACUGUUUGGCGGCUUGCAUGAAAAAGCUCAGGAAGUGGAACAAAGCAUAAACCGCACGCUACGCAUCGGGACGCGGGUCGAAACGAGCGCCUUGUAUAGCCGUCUCGAGGCCCAAGGCUAUAAUCCCAAUGCGAUUCAACGCGCGAUUCGAGCAAUGGUUCAAAAGGGCUCAUUGCGACAGCUAAGUCAGUAUAAAUUUGUGUCUCGUGUGAAGUAG